AUGUAUUCCAGCCCAGACUCAGACUCAGAGCUCCCCUACAAGGAGCCCCCUUCCAACGAAGCUCUCGAACCAAUCCGCAAACCCCCUCCCUACACAGGAACACCCCUCUUUCUCUUCCUCUCCGACAUAAAACUCUUCUUCCAGGACUUCUUUUAUCUCCCCUACCUCUUUAUCCCUCUGUAUCCCUGGAAGUCCGGUCCGUUCUGUGAACUUUAUCCUUCUCGUGAGAACCUCAUCGGCAUCACAAUCCACUGUAUUCUCUCUGCAACCCAGUUCGCUUUCCUCGUUUCUCUGUUUACACUGUCGUUUCUCCCGACUUUUGUGUAUAUCGGUUAUGUUGGGGUGUUCUUUGCAGCGAACUUUGCCGGCGUUUUCUUCGAUCUCAUCCAAUGUCUUAUCCAACGCGCGCUCCUCUACGCAACUCAAGACGUACGAGAAUGCUAUGUCCUCGUCAAAAACGCCCUUCUCGACGAUCACAAGAAGAAAGUAAUCCUUAUCCUCCACUCCCAAUGCGGAAUAGAAGGCGGCAUGAUCAUCGACUGGCUCCUCGAUGAAAUGCCCCUCGACAAGCUUCAAAAACUCGAAGUCUACACUUUCAGCAACCUCGCCAACCACUUUAGCAAUCCCUACCGUGGCAACGGCACCAGGUCUUCUGUUGUUCCUCAUAUUGAACAUCAUGUAAAUGAGAAGGACUUUGCGUAUCGUUUUGGAGUUCUUAAUUUCACGAGGCAUUAUACGCAGAAUCAGAAUCGAAAAGUUCGUGUUAGGACGGACGGUACUAUGAAAGUGACCACCAAGGCUGAACUUCCCCCAGGUUUUGUUGUGACGGGUGACGAGGGGGUCGAAGAAUGGGAUUAUGAGGCCGGAUGA